AUGCAAUGGCCACCUAUCCAUGCAAUGGCCACCUAUCCAUUCCUCCGCUCCGCCCCCCACUCCCACACCUCCCCCUCUCCAGCUUCCUUCCUCUCCCCCCUUCCCCCCCUCCGCCCGCCAUCCCGCUCAUCUCAGGGCGCUUGUUUGAUUGUGGGGCCGGAGGCCUGCCGCCCAGUUUUGGCACCGCUGGCAGCGGAAGCGGCGGCGGCGUUUGUCCCAUCUGACCCGCUGGAGGGCAAAGAAUUGGAGGAGAGGGAUGCGGAUGAGGAGAAGGCGGGGAUAGAAGCCUUGAAGAACGUUCCCUUCUCGCAUGCAGGGGUGCCGUGGGGUGCUGUGGGGUGCUGGGUGCCGUGGGGUGCUGUGGGGUGUUGUGGGGUGCCGUGGGGUGCUGUGGGGUGCUGUGAGCAUUCCGCAUUUGCAUCAUACGUGCUCGCAUCUGACCCGCUGGAGGGUAAAAAAUUGGAGGAGAGGAAUGCGGAUGAGGAGAAGGCGGGCAUCGAAGCCUUGAAGAACGUGCCCUUCUCGCAUGCAGCUGCCCUGAUAGUGUACACGAGUGGCACCACGGGUCGACCCAAGGGAGUGGUGCACUCACAUAUAGGCCUCGCCUCCCAAGCCGGCAUGCUGGUGGACGCGUGGGACUUCUCCCCCUCGGACCGAGUGCUCAACGUGUUGCCGCUGCACCAUAUCCGCCCACACGCACCUUUCCAUCCCCUCUUUCUCCUGCCGCACCGCCUCCAUUGCCCUUGCACUUUCUCCACCUGUCUCAUACUCCUCUAUCCCUUCUCUACUUGUGUUGCCGCUGCACCAUAUCCGCCCACGCGCACCUUUCCAUCCCCUCUUUCUCCUGCCACGCACCGCCUCCAUUGCCCUUGCCCUUUCUCCACCUGUCUCAUACUCCUCUAUCCCUUCUCUACUUGUGCUGCCUCUGCACCAUAUCCGCCCACGUGCACCUUUCCAUCCCCUCUUUCUCCUGCCACGCACCGCCUCCCUUGCCCUUGCCCUUUCUCCACCUGUCUCAUACUCCUCUAUCCCUUCUCUACUUGUGCUGCCGCUGCACCAUAUCCACCCAUCCACACUUCCCCCUGCUUCUCUCUCCCUGCCACGCACCACCUCCCUUGCCCUUUCCCUUACACCUCACAACAAGGUUGCCUUUCUCCACUGCGUCAGCGCAGCAGCAGUGUGGCAGCGGUGGCGGGAGAGCUAACCUGCCGUCCAGUCUCUCCCCAGCCAUCGCUUCAGCGCAGCAGCCGUGUGGCAGCGGUGGCGGGAGAGAGGGAGGGGUGCAUGCGUUGUUGCAUUACUGCUCUACACUCCACCCCCUUGCGCAUCCCUUCAGGCCCCCUUGCUCCUUUUCCCACACAGGUCGAGUUCCUCCCAAGCCACCGCUUCAGCGCAGCAGCCGUGUGGCAGCGGUGGAGAGAAAGCUACCCCGACGGGAGUGCUGUUGUCAUAACACGACCACCCUCUCUGCCUCUCCCUCUUUCUCGCCCCGUGCUCCCAUCCUUUUCUGGUAGAGUUCCCCCCAUCCCCUUGCCCCGCAAAAGUUCCUCCCAAGCCAUCGCUUGGGAAACAAAAAAGGUCGAGCUCCUCCCAAGCCACCGCUUCAGCGCAGCACCCAUGUGGCAGCGGUGGAGGGAGAGAGGGGUGCAUGUGUCACUGCAUCACUGCUCUCCACCGCUUCACACCCUUGCUCCCUUCCCUCCCAGGCCGAGUUUCUCCCCAGCCACCGCUUCAGCGCAGCAGCCGUGUGGCAGCGGUGGCGAGAGAGCUACCCCGACGGGAGGUGCGCUGCGCGCAGCCAGACUCCAUCACAUUCUUCACCGGGGUGCCAACCAAGCCAAGCCACUACGUGCGGCUGCUGCAGGAGUGCAUGCCACUUUCUCGCCCCUUCCUCCCGUCCCUCCCAGGUCGAGCUCCUCCCCAACCAUCGCUUCAGUGCAGCGGCUGUGUGGCAGCGCUGGCGAGAAAGGAGAGCUACCCCGACGGGAGUCGAGUUCCUCCCCAACCAUCGCUUCAGCGCAGCAGCAGUGUGGCAGCGCUGGCGGGAGAGAGGGGCGCAUGUGCCGUUGCAUCACCGCUCUCCACCCCCUUGCACACCCCUUCACGCCCCUUUCUCCCAUCACUUUCAGGUCGAGUUCCUCCCCAACCACCGCUUCAGCGCAGCAGCCGUGUGGCAGCGGUGGCGAGAAAGCUACCCCGAUGGUCGCUGCACCAUCACGUAACCUUUUCACUGCACCCUCCCUCACCUCACUCUCCUCUCGCAGGUCGAGUUUUUCCCCAGCCACCACUUCAGCACAGCAGCCGUGUGGCAGCGGUGGAGAGAGAGCUACCCCGAUGGGAGCACAUGCCACCUCGCCACCUCUUCCCACCUCUUCCCACCUCUUCCCACUGGCUCUAACCCCUUCUAUCGCGCCCCAUGCCCCCGUCACAGGUCGAAUUCCUCCCCAACCAUCGCUUCAGCGCAGCAGCCGUGUGGCAGCGGUGGCGAGAAAGCUACCCCGACGGCCGGUCGAGUUCUUCCCCAGCCAUCGCUUCAGCGCAGCAGCCGUGUGGCAACGAUGGCGAGAAAGCUACCCCGAUGGUCGCUGUGCCCAGCCUGACUCAAUCACCUUCUUCACCGGGGUACCAACCCACUACAUGCGCCUGCUACAGGAGUUUGACCGCAUGCCCCUGCAGCUGCAGAGAAAAUCUGCUCUGGCCGCCAGCAAGCUGCGACUCAUGAUGAGCGGCUCUGCCGCGUGCCCCGACGAGCUCAUGCGGCGAUGGCACCAGGUCACGGGGCAGAGGCUGCUGGAGCGAUAUGGGAUGACCGAGUUCGCAAUGGCCCUCACCAAUCCGUUGCUGGGAGAGAAGAAAUCAGGCUCAGUGGGCGUGCCACUCAGAGGGGUUAAGUUCCAGCGCGUGGGCUGGGGGGUGGGGAGAGCUGCUGGUGAAGAGCCCUGGCAUGGUCCUGCGAUACUGGAACCGACCCCAGGAAACAACAGAGGCGUUCGAUCCACAGGGGUGGUUCCGCAUGGGUGCUUUUUCCCCCCCCUUUCCGUCACCCUUCUUGCUCCCAUUCCCGCUCAUUCCCGCUCAUUACCUCUCAACGCCUUCCAUUACCUCUCAACGCCUGUCAUUGCUCAGGAGACAGCAGAGGCGUUUGACCCACAGGGGUGGUUCCGCAUUGGUGCCCGCCCCCUCACCUUUCCUUCGCCCUUCUCGCUCCCAUUCCUGAGCAUUGCCUCUCAUUACCUCUCAUUACCUCUCAUUACCUCUCAUUACCUCUCAACGCCUGUCAUUGCUCAGGAGACAGCAGAGGCGUUUGACCCACAGGGGUGGUUCCGGACGGGCGAUAUUGCAUCGGUGGACAGCCAUGGGUACUGGCAGAUCCACGGCAGGGCGAGUGUGGACAUAAUCAAAACGAGGGGCUUCAAAGUUUCUGCGCUGGAGAUUGAGUCAAAGCUGCUGGAGGCAGCAGUGUUGGGAGUGCAGGAAAGGCAGCAGGGAGAGGCAGUGGCGGCAGUGGUGGUGCUGGGAGCAGCACAGCAGCAGAAUCACCAUCUGUCAAUCACCCUAUCUCCCCUUUUCCCCUCCCAGCAUCCUCUCAUAUCCGAGGCAGCAGUGUUGGGAGUACCGGAGAGGCAGCAGGGAGAGGCAGUGGCGGCAGUGGUGGUGCUGGGAGCAGCACAGCAGCAGCACCAGCAGCAGGGCGUUACUGGGGAAAGUGUUGCUUACACCUGCGAAAAUGCAUGCCCUGUGAUCACUCUGGACGAGCUGAGGAAAUGGGCAGCCCCCCGCAUGGCUCACUAUAAGGUGCCAUCUCGCCUGAGAGUCGUUGCCACCAUGCCUUGCAACGCCAUGGGGAAGGUGAACAAGAAGGAUCUCCUGAAGAACCUUUUUGCCCCCAUGCAGCAGUCAUGA